CUACCUUUACCAAGUGGCAGUCAAUGUCUUCGAGACAUCUUUAUAACUGAGAUAUCUUUGCUUUCAGUAACUUGGUAUCCGCUACCCACCAGCUUCCAGUUGUAUCCGUGCGAUACUUGCGGCAGGCAGUAUCGCAGUAAGAUCUCUCUUCAACGUCACAAGAGGCUGGAAUGCGGCAAGGAAGCUCAAUUUAGCUGUAUCCUAUGCCACGCGAAAUUCAAACACAAGCACAGUCUACUGAGGCACUACAAUGUCCACAUAGCCGACAUGAAGAUCACGAACACGUUUGAAAACGCAGAUAGAUCCACCUGAUGAACGAAGUGGCAGAGAAUCUUGUAUGCCGAAAAAAAAUUGCGAGGAAAUAUAACGAGAUAGUAGAAAUUCGAUAAACCUUAGGAAAAUACGUUUACAUACAUUUAAGCGUGAACGAUCCAAAAUUGAAGUGAUUAACAGGAAGAAGCUAGAAAGCUAGAAGCUAGAAAGUUCGCGAAAUAUUGCGAAGUUAAGCCAAAGCAACGUUUAAAUUAUAUUUAAAGACUGUGUGUCAUUUUAUUUAACUGCUCUUAGAAUGUAAUUAUCAGCAAUAUUGAAUUCUAUAUAUGUUCCUACACUUCUUCCCCUUUUACAAUAUUUUAUACAUAUUUAUCAUCACUUUGGAAUGUAGAACCUCCUAAUACCUCUUUUUUCCAUUGUCUUACAAAUAAAUUUCCAUUGCUAUGGUACACGAGAGGCAGCAGUGAGUGAAAUAGCUCUUAAGAAUGUUACUAACGAGCAUUUUGUUGCAUUGUGUAAUAUUCUAAAAUAUAUUGUUGAUUGUUGGAUAAGUACUGAAGUGCUACAAAAA